AUGGAGUACCUAUGUACCUAUACUUUACAGCCUCCUCUUAUUACAGUAGUUUCCCUGUGUCCACAAGACACACAAAAAAGGAGGCUCAGAAACAUUAAGCAACCAAAUUACAGAGAUAGAGCUGUGGUCUUGAAGAACCUUGAAAUUAAAGAAAAUGCCCUGAGUCAACUGGAUGUACCAUUUAAAAUUAAAGUUGGUUAUAUAGGUAACCUUAAUCUUAAAAUUCCAUGGAAAAACCUUUAUACUCAACCAGUUGUAGCUGUACUGGAAAACAUUUAUUUACUCAUAGUGCCUUCUUCUAUAAUAAAAUAUGAUUCUUUAAAAGAAGAAAAGCAACUUUUGGAAGCAAAGCAGCAGGAACUAAAAAGAAUAGAAGAAGCCAAACAAAAAGUAGCUAAUCAAGAAAAACUCCUGGUGGAGAAACAAGACACUUUUACAGAAAAAUUAAUUACUCAGAUCAUAAAAAAUCUUCAAGUGAAAAUUUCCAACAUCCAUAUUCGUUAUGAAGAUGAUAUCACAAAUCAAGAAAAACCACUGUCAUUUGGUAUUUCUCUUCAAAAUCUCAGCAUGCAGACAACUGAUCAAAACUGGGCUCCAUGUUUACAUGAUGAAACUGAGAAACUAUUUCGUAAGUUAAUCCGAUUGGAUAACCUUUUUGCUUAUUGGAAUGUGAAGUCUCGGAUGUUUUAUCUUACUAGUUAUGAUGAUUCAUUGGACAGCUUGAGGAAUGGCAUUGUUGAUGAAAAUAUUGUUCCAGAAGGUUAUGAUUUUGUAUUUCGCCCCAUAUCUGCUAAAGCCAAACUUCAGAUGAAUCGCCGAUCUGAUUUUGACUUUUCUGCCCCCAAGAUAAAAUUGGAUGUUGAAUUACAUGACAUAGCGAUUGAAUUUAAUAAACCACAGUAUUUCAGUCUUAUGGAGCUUCUUGAAUCAGUUGAUAUGAUGACGCAAAAUCUGCCAUAUAGGAAAUUCAAACCUGAUGUACCUGUUCACGGCCAUGCCAGAGAAUGGUGGGCUUAUGCUAUACAUGGUAUUCUUGAAGUAAAUGUUUGCCCCCACUUACGGAUGUGGUCAUGGAAACAUAUUAGCGAUCAUCGGCAACAAAUGAAGCAAUAUAAAGAACUCUAUAAGAAAAAACUAAUAAAUAAGAAGCCACCUGUUGAACUUCUCAGCUGUUUGGAGGAGUUGGAGAAGACUCUGGAUGUAUUUAAUAUAACUGUAGUGAGACAACAGGCAGAAGUUGAGCUAAAGAAAGCUGGAUACAGGAUAUACAAAGAAGGAACAAAAGAUUCAGAGGAAAAUAAAGGAUGGUUUAACUGGUUGUGGACUUGGUCAGAACCAAAAGCUAAAGAACAGCAGCCUGAUGUUAAACCUGGAAGUCUUGAAGAAAUCUUGACACCUGAAGAAAAAACUUCACUCUAUGAAGCAAUUGGCUAUAGUGAAACAGCAGUUGACCCAACCUUGCCAAAAUCAUUUGAAGCCAUGAAGUUGUACAUGCACUUGAAAAGUAUGUCUAUUGUUCUAAGAGAAGAACAACAAAAAUGUGAGCUGUUAAAUAUUGUAGUAGAAGAAUUUAGCACUUGGGUUGUACAAAGACCAGGAGCACAAGCAAUAAAAUUUGAGACCAGAAUAGAUUCCUUUCAUGUUACUGGCCUACCAGAUAAUUCAACAAAACCCCGCCUCCUGUCCUCAUUGGAUAAUGCUGCAUCACUUUUCCAGAUUACAUUUGAGACAAAUCCAUUAGAUGAAACUGUUGCUCAAAGGUGUAUCAUAGAAGCUGAACCUUUAGAAAUAAUAUAUGAUGCAAGAACAGUGAAUAGUAUAGUGGAAUUCUUCAGACCUCCGAAAGAGGUAAAUCUAGCACAGCUCACUUCAGCGACUUUGACAAAACUUGAAGAAUUUCGUGAUAAGACAGCAACAGGUCUACUGUAUAUUAUUGAAACACAGAAAGUUCUUGAUCUCAGAAUUAAUUUGAAAGCUUCAUAUGUUAUUAUCCCACAAGAUGGAAUUUUCAGCCCUACGUCAAAUCUGCUUCUUUUGGAUCUUGGUCAUUUAAAGGUGACAAGCAAAAGUCGUUCACAAUUACCAGAUAUGAAACAAGGUGGGGCCAGACUUGAAGAGAUAAUGCGUAGAGCUUAUGAUUCCUUUGAUAUUCACCUUACAAGCAUUCAGCUGCUUUACAGCAGAGUUGGUGAUAAUUGGAAAGAAGCACGAAAACUCAAUGUAUCUACACAGCAUGUUUUGGUACCUUUGCACUUCAAUGUGGAAUUCUCUAAGGCCAUGGUUUUCAUGGAUAUAAGGAUGCCUAAAUUCAAGAUUUUUGGAAAGUUACCACUGAUUUCUUUGCGAAUCUCAGAUAAAAAACUGCAAGGAAUUUUGGAAUUGAUUGAAAGCAUUCCAAAACCCACACCUGCAACUGAAGUACAUGCCCCUGUCAAGCCAUUUCAGAUGCAAAGGUCCACUUCUUUGGGAGCACCACAGAUUUCACAGAAAGUGAUUCCUCUCUUGGAACUUGCAGGUGUUGAAUAUGAGUCAGAGGAGGAAUUUUAUGAUGCACCAUGUAGUCCCGUGGAAGAAUAUUUUCAGUCAACAGGUAGCGUUAAAAGUUAUCAACAAAAUAAGAUUCCAGAGCUGGAUUGUUCAAAAAAUAUAAUUCAGUAUAAAAUAAGAUUUGAAGUGCCAGAGGUAUCGAUUCAAUUUUAUCACCUUGUUGAAGAUUGUGAACUACCUGUGGUAGAAAUUGUUGUCUUAGGAUUGGGCACGGAAGUAGAACUUCGAACAUUUGAUUUGAAAGCCAAUGCCUUUUUGAAAGAAUUCUGCUUAAAAUGCCCAGAAUACUUGGAUGUAAACGAAAAGCCAGUUUAUUUGAUUACAACACUAGAUAACACAAUGGAAGAUCUGUUAACACUGGAGUAUGUGAAGGCUGAAAAGAAUGUACCCAACUUGAGAAGUUCCUUUAAUAAUGUUGAACAACUGAUUAAGGUGAAUUUUUCCUCUUUGGAUAUUCAUUUGCAUACGGAAGCACUUCUGAAUACAAUAAACUAUUUUAAUAAUUUCAUUCCACAAUUGGAGGAAAAGUCAGCCUCAGUGCAUGUUGCGGAGACAGAAGACAAAGGAGAGGUCAUUAAAAAAAUAGCUUCAAGACGAUACAGGCAUGAAGAUAUUACCUUGCAGAUCUUAGCAGAAUUAUCAUGUUUACAGAUCUUUAUUCAAGAUCAGAAACAUAACAUUGCUGAAAUUAAGAUUGAAGGGCUUGAUUCUGAGAUAAUUAUGAGGCCUUCAGUAACUGAAGUAAAUGCAAAGCUAAGAAAUAUAAUUGUUUUGGAUUCUGAUAUAACAGCUGUAUAUAAAAAGGCUGUUUAUAUCACUGGAAAAGAAGUUUUCAGCUUCAAAAUCCUUUCUUAUGUGAAUGCAACUGCUGAUUCCGCAUACACAGAUAUGAGUGUGGUUGACAUUCAAGUUAAUUUAACUGUUGGUUGCAUUGAAGUAGUUUUAGUCACAAAAUUUUUAUAUUCUAUAUUGGCUUUCAUAGAUAAUUUUCAAGCAGUUAAAGAAGCCUUGGCUGAGGCAACUGUCCAGGCCGCAGGAAUGGCUGCUACUGGUGUAAAAGAACUGGCACAAAGGAGUUCUAGAAUGGCGUUAGAUGUUAACAUCAAAGCCCCAGUUGUGGUCAUCCCACAGUCUCCAGUUUCUGAAAAUGUCCUUGUUGCUGAUUUUGGACUAAUUACAAUGACCAAUACAUUCCAUAUGAUAACAGAGAGCCAGUGCAAUCCCCCACCCAUUAUUGAUUUGAUUACGAUAAAGCUGAGUGAAAUGCGACUAUACAGGUCUCAAUAUAGUAAUGAUGCAUACCAGGAAGUACUGGAUAUACUACUGCCAUUAAAUCUUGAGGUGAUUGUUGAGCGAAAUUUAGCCUGGGAGUGGUUCCAGGAAGUUCCUUGUUUUAAUAUAAAUGCUCAACUAAAGCCUAUGGAGUUCAUUCUUAGUCAAGAAGAUAUAACAACUAUCUUUAAAACAUUAUAUGGUAAUAUAUGGUAUGAAGGAGGUGGCAGUGUCCCACCAGCAGGAGUGAAAGAUCAGAGUAGUGUUACUGGUGGAGGCACUAACACUUCACAUCAUUCAGGAGGAACAACUGUAGUGACAGCUGCUGUGGUAGAAGUACAUUCAUGUGCCGCUCAAGUUAAGACAACACUAAAUAUGAGUUUCAAAACUGAUUAUCUCACCAUGAUACUGUAUAGUCCAGGUCCUGAACAGGUUUCCUUUACAGAUGUUCGUGAUCCUUCUCUGACACUUGCGGAAUUUAAAUUGGAGAAUAUAAUAAGUACUUUAAAAAUGUAUACAGAUGACUCAAUAUUUUCUGCCUUCUCAUUAAAAAAUUGUAUUUUAGAUGAUAAAAGGCCUCAUGUCAAGAAGGCAACUCCUAGAAUGAUAGGACUGACAGUUGGAUUUGACAAAAAAGAUAUGAUGGAUGUAAAGUAUAAGAAAAUCAGAGAUGGUUGGAUGUCUGAUGUAGUCCUUCAAGAAACAUAUAUUUGUGCAAGUGUGGAAUUUCUUCUGACAGUUGCAAAUGUAUUUCUUGAAGCCUACACCACAGGCACUGCUGUAGAAACCAAUGUUCAAGCAUGGGCUGCUAAGGAAGAAGUACCUGCACAGAUACAAGAAAAGUGGGAAGUGAAUAUUCUUAUUAAAAAUCCUGAAAUUGUGUUUGUGGCUGAUAUGACAAGAAAUGAUGCUCCUGCCUUAGUCAUUACAACACAAUGUGAAAUUUGUUGCAAGGGUGACCUUGAAAACAAUACAAUGACUGCUGCUAUUAAAGAUCUCCAAAUGAGAGCAUGCCCAUUUCUUCCUGACAAGAGAAAAGACAGAAUCACUACUGUUUUGCAGCCCUGUGACUUGUUCUAUCAAGCUACUCAGAUAGGCAGAGAUCCACAAGUGAUUGAUAUAUCACUAAAAUCGCUGACACUAAAGGUUUCACCAGUUAUCAUAAAUACUGUGAUUACCAUAACUGCAGCACUUUAUACAACUAAGGAAACCAUCCCACAAGAAACUGCUUCUUCUACAGCACAUUUAUGGGAAAAGAAGGAUACAAAGACUUUAAAAAUGUGGUUUCUUGAAGAACCAAAUGAAGUGAAAAACAUAGCUCCCACAACUGAAUUGGUACCCAAAGGAGAGAUAAUAAAAAUGAAUAUUGAUUCUAUUUUUAUAGUUCUUGAGGCUGGGGUUGGUCAUAGAACAGUGCCUAUGCUUUUGGCAAAAUCAUGUUUUUCAGGGGAAGGCAAAAACUGGAGUUCCCUCAUAAAUCUCCACUGUCAGCUUGAGCUAGAAGUGCAUUAUUACAAUGAAAUGUUUGGUGUAUGGGAACCUUUGCUUGAACCUUUAGAAAUUGACCAGACUGAGGAAUUUAGACCAUGGAAUCUUGGAAUCAAGAUGAAAAAGAAAGCAAAAAAGGCUAUUGUUGAGUCAGAUACUGAAGAAGAUUACAGAGUGCCAGAAUAUAAAACUGUCAUCAGUUUCUAUUCAAAAGACCAACUAAACAUUACAUUAUCCAAAUGUGGUCUUGUAAUGUUAAAUAAUUUAGUCAAGGCAUUUACAGAAGCUGCCACUGGAUCUUCAACUGUCUUCAUGAGGGAUCUAGCGCCAUUUAUGAUUUUAAAUUCUCUUGGACUUACCAUCUCUGUUUCACCAAGUGAUUCUUUUAGUGUGCUCAACGUUCCAGUGGCAAAGUCAUAUAUAUUGAAAAAUGAGGAAAGUUUAAGUAUGGAUUAUGUCCGAACAAAAGACAAUGAUCAUUUCAAUGCAAUGACCAGCCUAAGCAGCAAACUUUUCUUCAUACUUCUUACACCUGCUAACCACUCUACUGCUGAUAAAAUUCCCUUAACAAAAGUGGGACGACGACUGUACACUGUAAGGCACAGAGAAUCUGGAGUUGAAAGAUCUAUUGUUUGUCAAAUUGACGCAGUGGAAGGAAAUAAGAAAGUAACAGUUCGCUCCCCAGUGCAGAUUAGAAAUCAUUUCUCAAUCCCACUUUCUGUUUAUGAAGGGAAUACUUUAUUGGGAAUGGCUUCACCUGGAAAUGAAUUUAACAUACCAUUAGCAUCUUACCGAUCACUCCUUUUUCUGAAGCCAGAAGAUGAGGACUAUCAAAUGUGUGAAGCAAUUGACUUUGAAGAAAUUAUAAAAAAUGAAGGCUCUUCUCUAAAGAGGCAAUGUAGACCUAUAAACCCGUCUAAGAAACCAUUUAUUAUUAAUAUUGUCCCAGAAAAAGAUAAUUUGACAUCUCUGUCAGUAUAUUCAGAAGAUGGUUGGGACUUACCAUACAUAAUGCAUUUGUGGCCACCUAUCCUACUCCGAAAUCUUCUUCCUUACAAAAUUGUUUAUUAUAUAGAGGGGAAUGAACAUAGAGUUUUUACUCUAAAUGAAGGCUCUUCUGCCCAUAUUUGUACCGUACAAUUGGAUAAAGCAAUACUACAUUUAAAAUUACUUGACUAUCUUAAUCAAGAUUGGAAAAGUGAAUAUCAUAUAAAACCUAAUCAACAAGAUAUUAGUUUCAUCAGUUUUACCUGUGUUACAGAAAUGGAAAAGACUGAUUUAGAUAUUGCUAUCCAUGUGACUUAUAAUCCUGGCCAGACAGUUGUGGCAUUUCAUAGCCCUUACUGGAUGGUCAAUAAAACUGGUCGAAUGUUACAGUAUAAAGCAGAUGGAAUUCAUCGAAAGCAUCCACCUACUUAUAAAAUGCCAGUUCUCUUUUCUUUUCAGCCAAAGCACUUUUUUAAUAACAAUAAGGUUCAGCUUAUGAUAACUGAUAGUGAAUUGUCAGAUCAGUUUUCAAUUGAUACUGUUGGUAGUCAUGGAGCUGUUAAAUGUAAAGGCAUGAAAAUGGAGUAUCAAGUUGGUGUCAUUAUAGACCUCAGCAGUUUUAACAUUACCAGAAUUGUGACAUUUACCCCUUUUUAUAUGAUCGAAAACAAAAGCAAGUAUCAUAUAUCAGUGGCUGAAGAGGGGAGUGAUAAAUGGCUCUCUCUCGAUUUGGAGCAGUGUAUUCCCUUUUGGCCUGAGGAUGCUUCAAAUAAACUUCUUAUUCAAGUUGAAAGAAGUAGAGGCCCUCCCCAAAAGAUACAUUUUAACAAGCAAGAAAAUUGUAUUUUAUUGCGUCUGGAUAAUGAGCUUGGCGGUAUUAUAGCAGAAGUUAAUUUGGCUGAGCAUUCUACAGUUAUUACAUUUUCAGAUUAUCAUGAUGGAGCAGCUACAUUCCUAUUAAUAAAUCACACUAAGAAUGACAUUAUUGAAUAUAAGCAAAGUUCUCUCAGUGAAAUAGAAGACUCUCUCCCUCCUGGAAAAGCAGUAUUUUAUACAUGGGCCGAUCCAGUGGGCUCUAGAAAGCUGAAGUGGAGUUGUGGGAAAAGCCACGGUGAAGUAACACAAAAAGAUGAUAUGAUGACACCUAUAAAUUUGGGGACAAAGACUAUUUAUUUAGUUUCAUUCUUUGAAGGCUUACAACGCAUUAUUUUAUUCACUGAAGAUCCAAAGGUAUUUAAAGUGACAUAUGAAAAUGAGAAAGCAGAAUUAGCAGAGCAAGAAAUUGUGUUGGCAUUACAAGAUGUUGGACUUUCUCUCGUCAACAAUUACACAAAGCAAGAAGUAGCCUAUAUUGGCAUUACAAGUUCUGAUGUGGUUUGGGAGACAAAGCCCAAGAAGAAGGCAAGAUGGAAGCCAAUGAGUAUAAAGCACACUGAGAAGUUAGAGAAAGAAUUUAAGGAAUAUAUUGAAUCUUCACCUUCAGAAGAUAAGGUUAUUGAGUUGGACACUAAUAUUCCGGUUCGCUUUACACCUAGUGGCAAUAACAUGAAAAUUCUGCAACCACAUAUAAUAGCUAUACGAAGAAAUUAUCUGCCAGCAUUAAACGUGGAAUAUAACACAUCUGCACAUCAGUCAUCAUUUAGAAUUCAAAUUUAUAGAAUACAGAUCCAAAACCAGAUACAUGGUGCUGUAUUUCCAUUUGUAUUUUAUCCUAUUAAGCCUCCCAAGUCAGUCACCAUGGAUUCAGCACCCAAGCCCUUUACAGAUGUCAGUAUUGUCAUGAGAUCUGCAGGGCAUUCCCAGAUAUCACGUAUUAAAUACUUCAAAGUGUUGAUCCAAGAAAUGGAUCUCAGGUUAGAUCUUGGGUUUGUCUAUGCAUUAGCAGAACUUAUGACAGAAGCUGAAGUAACUGAAAAAACGGAGGUUGAACUUUUUCAUAAAGAUAUAGAAGUUUUCCAAGAAGAAUAUAAAACAGUUUCAUUAGUAGAUUCAUCACAAGUCAGUCUCUAUGAGUAUUUUCAUAUAUCUCCUAUCAAGUUGCAUUUAAGUGUUUCACUGAGUUCGGGUAAAGAAGCAGCUAAAGACUCAGAACAGCAUGAAGGAUUCAUUGCAAUUAGUUCUUUAAAUCUCUUGCUGAAGAGUAUUGGCGCCACUCUUACAGAUGUACAAGAUGUAGUUUUUAAGCUUGCAUUUUUUGAACUCAACUAUCAGUUUCAUACAACAUCUGAACUGCAGUCUGAAGUAGUAAGACACUAUUCAAAACAGGCCAUUAAACAAAUGUAUGUACUCAUUCUUGGACUUGAAGUUUUGGGAAAUCCCUUUGGCUUGAUUAGAGAAUUUUCUGAAGGUGUAGAAGCAUUUUUCUAUGAACCUUACCAGGGAGCCAUCCAGGGUCCUGAAGAGUUUGUGGAAGGAAUGGCACUAGGAUUGAAGGCAUUAGUUGGGGGAGCUGUUGGUGGAUUAGCUGGUGCUGCCUCCAAAAUCACCAGUGCUAUGGCUAAAGGGGUAGCAGCUAUAACUAUGGAUGAAGACUACCAACAGAAGAGGAGAGAAGCCAUGAACAAGCAACCGGCUGGUCUUAGAGAAGGCAUCACUCGAGGAGGAAAAGGCUUAGUUUCUGGUUUUGUAAGUGGCAUAACAGGAAUUGUUACAAAACCAAUCAAAGGAGCUCAAAAAGAAGGAGCAGCUGGUUUCUUUAAAGGUGUUGGGAAAGGUUUAGUUGGAGCAGUGGCAAGACCAACUGGAGGCAUCAUAGACAUGGCUAGCAGUACAUUUCAGGGAAUAAAAAGGGCUACAGAGACUUCUGAUGAAGUGGAGAGUCUGCGGCCCCCUCGGUUCUUUAAUGAAGAUGGAGUUAUCAGACCUUACAGGUUGAGGGAUGGUACUGGAAAUCAGAUGUUGCAGAAAAUUCAGGUCUACAGGGAAUGGAUUAUGACUCACAGUAGCAGUAGAGAUGAUGAUGAUGAUGUAAAUUAGUCAGAUCUCAAAUGUUAAAAUUAAUAUGUUAAUCUUAUUUAGAAUGUUUCAGUAACAUGUUUUGUAUGACUGCUAUCAUAAUACCCAUAUGCUCAUUUUUAGAAAGUUAAAAUAUUUUUUCAUUUCAAAAUGUUUUUCUCUACACAGUUUCAAAAGGCAAAAUAAUCGCAUUAUUUAAGCACAGAAAAAUGUAUUAUACAUCCAAAGUAGGGCAUACUAUAUAUUUUGUUUGUAUAUAUUUUGUAGUUUUGUAAUAUAGUUUGUCUUUAAGAUUUAGUUAGACUUAAAGUUUUUGUUAAUGUUACCUAGUUUUAUCUUAUUUUAAAUUUCUGUUUGUUAGCAAAAUGCUAUUUUUAAUGUUCUUUGUAUAUGUUUUGGUUUGUUAUGUAAUGCCAUUGUGAAAAAAAAAGGAAGAAAGAAAAGAAAGAAA